GUGGAGAAGGCGGAAGCGGAAGUCGGGGGCGCGCUGCCUCGCAGCGGAGGAGGCCGCGGCGUCGGGUCGGACUCGGGUCGCCAUGGGGCGCGGCAGCGGCACCUUCGAGCGUCUCCUAGACAAAGCGACCAGCCAGCUUCUGCUGGAGACCGACUGGGAGUCCAUCCUGCAGAUCUGUGACCUGAUCCGCCAGGGGGACACGCAGGCAAAGUAUGCCGUGAGUUCCAUCAAGAAGAAAGUCAACGACAAGAACCCACACGUGGCCUUGUAUGCCCUGGAGGUCAUGGAGUCCGUGGUGAAGAACUGUGGCCAGACGGUCCAUGACGAGGUGGCCAACAAGCAGACCAUGGAGGAGCUGAAGGAGCUGCUGAAGAGGCAGGUGGAAGUCAACGUCCGGAACAAGAUCCUGUACCUGAUCCAGGCCUGGGCCCACGCCUUCCGGAACGAGCCCAAGUACAAGGUGGUCCAGGACACCUACCAGAUCAUGAAGGUGGAGGGACACGUCUUCCCAGAGUUCAAGGAGAGCGACGCCAUGUUUGCUGCGGAGAGAGCCCCCGACUGGGUGGACGCCGAGGAGUGCCACCGCUGCAGGGUGCAGUUCGGGGUGGUGACCCGCAAGCACCACUGCCGGGCCUGCGGCCAGAUCUUCUGCGGCAAGUGCUCCUCCAGGUGCUCCACCAUCCCCAAGUUCGGCAUCGAGAAGGAGGUGCGCGUGUGCGAGCCCUGCUACGAGCAGCUCAACAAGAAAGCGGAAGGCAAGGCCCCCGCCACGACGGAGCUGCCCGCCGAGUACCUGACCAGCCCUCUGUCGCAGCAGUCCCAGCUGCCCCCCAAGAGGGACGAGACGGCCCUGCAGGAGGAGGAGGAGCUGCAGCUGGCCCUGGCCCUGUCGCAGUCGGAGGCCGAGGAGAAGGAGAGGAUGAGACAGAAGUCCACAUACACCGCGUACCCCAAGGCGGAGCCCACACCCGUGGCCUCGUCGGCGCCUCCCGCCAGCAGCCUGUAUUCUUCGCCUGUGAACUCAUCAGCACCUCUAGCUGAGGACAUGGACCCCGAGCUCGCCCGGUACCUGAACCGGAACUACUGGGAAAAGAAGCAGGAAGAGGCGCGGAAGAGCCCCACACCGUCCGCACCCGCGCCCCUGGCAGAGCCAGCCACCCAACCGGGGGAGGCACACGCGGCCCCCACGAACGUCGUUGAGACGCCCCUCCCGGAGACAGACCCGCAGCCCAUCCCUUCCUCCAGCGGCCCCUUUAGUGAGCAGCAGCUCCAGAACGGGGAGUCGGAGGAGAGCCACGUGCAGCUCCUGAAGGCCCUGCAGAACGCCGUUAGCACCUUCGUCAACCGCAUGAAGAGCAACCACGUGCGCGGCCGCAGCAUCACCAACGACUCGGCCGUGCUGUCGCUCUUCCAGUCCAUCAACGGCAUGCACCCCCAGCUGCUGGAGCUGCUCAACCGGCUGGACGAGCGCAGGCUGUACUACGAGGGGCUGCAGGACAAGCUGGCGCAGAUCCGCGACGCCCGGGGGGCGCUCAGCGCCUUGCGGGAGGAGCACCGUGAGAAGCUGCGCCGGGCGGCCGAGGAGGCGGAGCGCCAGCGCCAGAUCCAGCUGGCCCAGAAGCUGGAGAUCAUGCGGCAGAAGAAGCAGGAGUACCUGGAGGUGCAGAGGCAGCUGGCCAUCCAGCGCCUGCAGGAGCAGGAGAAGGAGCGGCAGCUGCGCCUGGAGCAGCAGAAGCAGACCAUCCAGAUGCGCGCCCAGAUGCCCGCCUUCUCCCUGCCCUACGCCCAGCUCCAGGCCGUGCCCGCCACGGGCGGUGUGCUGUACCAGCCCUCGGGCCCCACGAGCUUCCCAGGGACUUUCAGCCCAGCAGGCUCGGUGGAGGGCUCCCCCAUGCACACCGUGUACAUGAGCCAGCCGGCCGCCGCCGGGGGCAGCCCCUAUCCCAGCGUGCCGGGGGCCGGAGCAGACCCCAGCAUGGUGAGCGCCUACAUGUACCCGGCAGGGGCUGCCGGCGCACAGGCCGCACCCCGGGGCCCGGCGGGGCCCAGCGCCAGCCCUGCCUACUCCUCCUACCAGCCCACCCCCGCCCAGGGCUAUCAGCCCGUGGCCUCCCAGGCCCCGCAGAGCCUCCCAGCCAUCGCCCAGCCCCCGCAGCCUGGCAGCGUGGGCUACCUGGGGAGCCAGGCAGUGCCCGUGGGCUACCAGCCCUACAGCAUGCAGAAUCUCAUGACCACCCUCCCCAGCCAGGACGCACCUCUGCCGCCCCCUCAGCAGCCCUACAUCUCGGGGCAGCAGCCCAUGUACCAGCAGAUGGCGCCCCCUGGUGGCCCUGCGCAGCAGCCGCCGCCCGUCGCCCAGCAGCCCCCUGCGCAGGGGUCCCAGGUGCAGGGCAGCGAGGCCCAGCUCAUCUCCUUCGACUGACCUGGCUGGCUCGCACCCAGGACAACACUACGCUUGAGACCGCUGCCACCCCUGACUAGCACGUCGCCUCUCCCACUCUCCGGCCCUCUUCCCGUCCUCCCCCGCCGGCUCGGCCCCCCGGGCCCCUCGCUGUCCCGUCCCCUAGUUGGUCUCCUCCUGUCUCUGACUUCCUUCCCCACGUCUGGGCCGCGGGCGCAGGGGGAUGGUAGCAUCCUCUUGGACAGGCAGCUCCCCCUGCCCUGGAGGCCCCCCCCAGGGCCCUCUAGUGCGGCCCUAGCCGAUGGCAGGGGAGCCCCUGGCCCCCAGGGGAGGGGUGGGGGCUUGCCUCCAGUCUCUCUGCUCCUGAGCUGCCCUGUCAUCUCAUCCAGUGACCCCAGUAGAUGGAAUGAACAGUGAUAAUAAAAUCUCUU